GUCUUCUGACAGCAGUAAUUUUUGCCUCUGAUCCCAAUGCCCAGCUCAAGUGCCAGACAGUCGGAUAAACCUGGAAUAAAUUCAGAAUCCACAUGGUCACUAGAGAAGCCCCGGACAUUGCUUUAGUCACCCCCUAAAGUAAGUGAUAAAAGAUUAUUUUUCAGCAUGUUUCAUUUCAGUUUUAGAAAAAGCAAGACUUUUUACAAUAACAGUAAAAACAUAAGGAACAACAGAGAAAUAAGUGUACCAGUUUAAAAUACAAGACCAUCUCCAUCUACUGAAGAGAAAGUUUUGCACCCUAAUAAGUAAAUGAAGAAGUGAGAAGACCAAGAAUGUCUAUAGACAUCUCUUCUGCAUCAAAAUACUAAAAGCUCCAAUUGAACCCUAUUAAAAUGGCUGCUCUUAUUGCCGAAAAUUUCCGCUUUCUUUCACUCUUCUUUAAAAGCAAAGAUGUGAUGAUUUUCAAUGGCUUGGUGGCUCUGGGUACUGUUGGAAGCCAGGAACUGUUCUCGGUGGUUGCAUUCCACUGUCCAUGUUCCCCAACUCGGAAUUACAUCUACGGUCUAGCUGCCAUAGGAGUGCCUGCUCUGGCCUUGUUUGUGAUCGGUGUAAUCUGGAACAACCACACUUGGAACUUAGUGGCCGAGUGUCACAAGCGAGGAACCAAGAACUUUUCUGCAGCAGCAAAUUUCUUGAUCUUUGGAUCUGUCAUGGGAAGAGCUGCAGUGGCUCCUAUCACAUGGUCAGUGAUCUCACUGCUUCGUGGAGAAGCCUAUGUCUGUGCCUUAAGUGAAUUCAUAGAUCCCACUUCCCUGGAUCAUUUUCCACCUGGCUAUGGACCAGAUAUCCUGGCCAGGUUUCCUUGUGAAGAUCAGCCAGCCAACAUGACACAUUUUAAGGAUGAAGUUACAAGACGAUUAAGAUACGAGUCACAGCUCUUUGGAUGGAUGCUCAUUGGUGGGGUUGCAGUUCUUGUGUUCAUCACCAAGUGCCUAAAGCAUUGCUGCUCACCACUCAGCUACCGCCAAGAGGCCUACUGGAACCAAUACCGCUCUAGUGAAGCUAGGCUGUUCGAACGGACUGCUGAGGUACAUUCUAAGAUUGUGGCUGCCAAUAACGUCAAAAACUUCUUUGGCUUUGUACAUUUAGAUAAAGAGGACCAGGAACUGAUCCAAGCAUAUAAUGUGCAAAAUGUUCAGCCCCGGUCACAAUGGGAUGCCAUCACUGGAGUUUACAUCUAUCGAGAGAAUAAUGGCUACCCUCUCUAUAGCCGCCUCCAUAAGUGGGCCAAAAAUAUAAUGGGAAACUGCUCUAAUCCUGAUAGCCAGGAAACAGCCUUCCUAGCUACUUAAUAUAGGUAAUCCUCAACUUAAACUAUUCGUUUAGUGACCUUUUAAAUUUACAACGGCAUUGAAAAAAGUGAUUUAUGACCGUUUUUCAUACUUAUGACUGUUGCAACUUCCCCAUGGUCACAUGAUCAAAAUUCAGAUGCUUGGCAACUGGCAUGUAUUUAUGACGGUUGCAGUGUCCUAGCGUCAUGUGAUCAUCACUUUUUGAGACAUUCUGACAAGCAGAAUCAACAAGGAAGCCACAUUAACUUAAUAACCGUGUUGCUCACUUAACAACUGUGGAAGAAAGGUUGUAAAAUGGGGCAAAAUUCACUUAACAACUGUCUCGCAUAGCAACAGAAAUGUUGGGCUCAAUUGUGGUCGUAAGUUGAGGACUACCUGCAUCUAUUCAACAACUGUCCUACAAGUUUAAGAAAAAUCAUUUUGAGCACUUAAGACAGCUGCGCUGGAAAGCAUCCAAGACUUGAUUUUAUACUUUGACUAAAGUCUUAGAAAGUGUAUAGCUGAUAUAUUUCAAAUGAAUUAUGUCACAUGAUUACAAAUCUAUUGAUGCUGCCUCAUCAGAAAUAAGGCCUAUGAAGCUCAGUAGGAUAUAUUCUUAUAUAAAAUUACAGCUUAACAGUCUGAUACCAAAUAAUAUUGGGAGGAGAUCAUUUAUCUGUCCAAUUGAACAGGAAGUUAUUUAUCAAUGUAUAAUUUCAGAAAAUAUGCUAAUAGACAAACAUGUACAUUUGGUCCUUGAUUUAUGACUGAUUGCUUAGCAAUUAUUCAAAGUAACAACAGACCAUCCUCAGGGUUACUUAUGAUUUGGGUUUGAAGUUUUGAUGGCUGGGCCCUCCCUGUGCUCACAAAUCUCAUUUUGGAUGUUCGGCAACCAGCCCACAUUUACAACUGUUUGUAGUGUCCGGAGCUCGUGCAACUGUGUUCUACUUAAAAAAUGUUUUUUGCCAGAAACUGGUAUUUAUUUCUGGUUUCCAGCAAAAUAAAUGCUCAUGGGCUAAAAUGGGUUUGCUUAAUGACUGACAUGUUUGCUUAAGGGCUGAAUUUGCUUAGUUACUGUAGCAUUUGCUUAACAACUGCCACAAAAAGUUUGUAAAAUUGGGCACAAUCACUUUACCACCAUAGUUCUGGACUCAAUUAUAGUCGUAAAUUAAGGACUAAUAGUAUCUUUCAAAUCAGUUUGAAAUACUGCCUACAAAUAAACAUUAUGUCCUUUUCAGGUGAAAGAGGAAAAAUUCUCCUAAUUGUUUUGUGUCUCAUUUGUAAGUCCAGUUGCUAAAGACAAAAGCCACACUAAGUUGGCGAAAUAUUUUAUUUGUAAAAUCUGCUCUAAUUUCUCUUGGUCUUUAAGAUCUUUCUUUUUUGUAUACAUUUGAUCGAUUUGUUAAUGAAAGUAAAAUUUUAAAUACUGAAAGGUU